UCACAUAAAACGCUGCGCUGCCGGCGGAAUCCCCAGCUUUCCGGGGCAGCGAGUGGCGGGGCCGGGUGCCGAGCGAGCGGGGCGUGGAGAGCGUCGGGCGGCCCCUCGCGCCGGGCUCCGUUUGCAGGCCACAGCCCCCGCGAGGUGGCCCGCCGGUCCUCGGCCGCCGGUCCUCUGGCAGCUGUGGUGAGCGCAGCGUCGGGCCGGCAUGAAGGUCACGUCGCUCGACGGGCGCCGGCUGCGCAAGAUGCUCCGCAAGGAGGCGGAGGCGCGCUGCGUGGUGCUCGACUGCCGGCCCUACCUGGCCUUCGCCGCGUCGAGCGUGCGCGGCUCGCUCAACGUCAACCUCAACUCGGUGGUGCUGCGGCGGGCCCGGGGCGGCGCGGUGUCGGCGCGCUACGUGCUGCCCGACGAGGCGGCCCGCGCUCGGCUGCUGCAGGAGGGCGGCGGCGGCGUGGCGGCGGUGGUCGUGCUGGACCAGGGCAGCCGCCACUGGCAGAAGCUGCGGGAGGAGAGUGCUGCGCGCGUCGUGCUCACCUCGCUGCUGGCCUGCCUGCCCGCCGGCCCGCGGGUCUACUUCCUUAAAGGCGGGUACGAGACCUUCUACUCACAGUAUCCUGAGUGCUGUGUGGAUGCGAAGCCCCUUUCACAAGAGAGGCUCGAAGGUGAGAGAGGCCUCCUCAGCCAGUGCGGAAAGCCCAUUCUCAGCGUCGCCUACAGACCAGCUUAUGACCAGGGUGGCCCAGUUGAAAUCCUUCCCUUCCUCUACCUUGGAAGUGCCUACCAUGCGUCCAAGUGCGAGUUCCUCGCCAACCUGCACAUCACAGCCCUGCUGAAUGUUUCCCGCCGGACCUCUGAGGCCUGCACCACCCACCUACACUACAAGUGGAUCCCUGUGGAGGACAGCCACACCGCCGACAUUAGCUCCCACUUUCAAGAAGCAAUAGAUUUUAUUGACUGUGUCAGGGAAGAGGGAGGCAAGGUCCUGGUCCACUGUGAAGCCGGGGUCUCCCGGUCGCCCACCAUCUGCAUGGCUUACCUCAUGAAGACCAAGCAGUUCCGCCUGAAGGAGGCCUUCGAGUAUAUCAAGCAGAGGAGGAGCGUGGUCUCUCCCAACUUUGGCUUCAUGGGACAGCUCCUGCAGUAUGAGUCUGAGAUCCUGCCCUCCACACCCACCCCCCAACCUCCCUCCUGCCAAGGGGAGGCAGCCAGCUCCACCUUUAUAGGCCACUUACAGACACUGAGCCCUGAUAUGCAGGGUGCCUACUGCACAUUCCCUACCUCAGUGCUGGCACCGGUGCCCACCCAUGCCACCGUCGCAGAGCUCCACAGGAGCCCCGUGGCCACAGCCACAUCCUGCUGAGACCGGUUGGCUACCAGCGCAUCCCCAAGAGCAACUGUGACCUUUGGAUUUUUUAAACUUGUGGACAUUUCAUACCCGUGCAAUACUGAAGACCUCUCUCUGUCCCGCUGCCCCGGUGAGAUGGUGAGGGGUCAGCAGGCUUGCAGAUGCACUUCAGGCUAACCCCGAGGAUGGGUUCUCGGGAUUGUAGGAAGGCCAAGCCAUGCCCCCUAGCACAGCGCGUGCUGACUACUGUACUUCCAGAAGCCCCGCCCACUCAGGACCGCCUCGUCCUUGCACCUCAGAAGUCCCGCCUUCUCAUUUCAAGUGUAAGGCAAUACACAGUCGCAGCAAAGUAGGAGCGAGCUGCGCUGGACCAGGAGAGGAGGAGUCCGCCCGUCUAGGAGGAAGCACAAGUUUCACUGUUAAUUUGAAUUUCGGCCAACUUUGUCUGUCUCUGUCCUCUGUCACUUCAGGGAAGAGAGCUGGUCACCGCCCAGUCAGAAAAGUUAACCCCGCUGGAUUUGUCGAGACAAAAGGACCUGCCUGUCUGAACCCAGAAGUGUUUCUGAGGUUCUGUCUAGGGUCCCAUGGAAGCUGUUGGUGUAAGGAGAAGCUCCUGACUCAUUGGAGUUUCUUGCUCAUCGAGGGUUCCUCGGUGGCCUUGGACUUUGGCAUGGUUUUUACAAAUACUUGAACCUGUCCCGUCGUCUCCUAAAGCACCUCUGGUGUCAUUCAGAAAGUUGUCAGACCCUAGACCAAAAACCACCCCUUUGAGGGGGUGGCAGGAACUGCCUGCGUUCUGGGUCAGUGGUGGUGACUGACAUACUUCUUCAGUUUAGUGUCCUGUGUGCUUUUUUGUCAUCCAUUGUGACAAUGUUUCCCUCCCUACCCUGGGGAGUCGUUUUCAAACUACUGAUUCUGGGGUCUGCAUCGUUUGCAAUGUGGUACUACUAUGUUCUUCGUAGAUUGUUUUUCCAAGGGGGGAAAGGCAAUAAGUCACCCCCAAACCCAUGUGAAUGUGAAGAAAAGCAGUGUUGAUUUUUUUUAUAUAUAUAUGUAGUACAAAAUU